AUGCUCAUAAAAUUCCUGCUCGCCGCCGCUCUAUUUUCUGCCGUCUCCGCCAACACCGAGUGCAUCUGGGUGGUCGGCCGCGUGACUUGUGCCAUGGAUCAGGCGAAGGUAAUCGAUACCCGCGUCGAGGUCUGGGACAAGGACGGGCCCAAAUCGUCGAGGGUGAACGUCGAUCCGAUCAUGAAGCUGAUCGACGGGGUCGAUCCGGACGACAAGGCUGGCGUGACAUUGGUUGAGGACGAGUCGGGCACGUUCAAGGUUGAGGGCUGCGCUUCGGACCAGGACUGGCUCUUCCACAAGAAUCAACCCGAGUUCUACCUGCGCGUCUACCAUCGGUGCACCCCAAGCGGCCAGGAGCGUUCCGUCGACAUUCUGCCCCCAGUCAAAGUCUUUGUCCCCAACACCUACGACAAGUACAUGAACAACCCCAUCGAAUUGUCGUUUUUG